UAUACGUUUAUGUGGGAUUCAUACCCUUCAUUGAGAAGCAUGCAGAACUAGCAGGCUUUAUGAGCUCGGGACAAGGCGCGGGGCAUAGUGAUUUCCUCUACCCACCGAACCACAGAACCCUUACCUCUGGAAGUAAGGGCGUGCAAGCACGAGAUUGUUCUUCGGAUUUGAUUGGACCCCAAGAGAAUGUGUUGUGUUGGAAUGUCUCGAAGUACCACAUGACCGCACUUCAAGUGUACUGAAUAAUUAGAACACACUCUCUCUCUCCCUCCUAACCUUUACGUAAACUCUCCACCAAGCAACUCCACACAACACUGCCAAAGUUCUCAAUUUCGCACGUACUCCCCCACACCCUCUUUCAGUCACUUUUCCUCCAUCAAAAUUAUCACAUAUAACACACACACACACACACACCCCUAUACAUAUAUAUUUACUAACAUAUUCGUUAGUUCCACCAAAUUAACGGUUCAUAUUUCCCUUCACACCCCAUAGAUCUCUCUCUCUCUCUCUCCAACACUAGGCCAAACAAGCAGCAUGUCCCUUCACUCCCUCUCUCUCUCCCCUCUCCUCCCUCUCUUCCUCAUCACAAUCUCAACCCUCACGCGCCCGUCGACUUCCGCCGUCGACUCCUUCGUAUACGGCGGCUGCUCCCAACUGAAAUACAAGCCGGGCACCCCUUGCGAGUCCAACGUCAACUCCAUGCUCACCUCCCUCGUCAACUCGGCCGCCUUCGCCGGCUUCAACAACUUCAAGAUCUCCGUCCCCGGCUCCAGCGCGGGUGACGUCAUCUACGGCCUCUUCCAAUGCCGCGGUGACGUCGACACCUCCAACUGCCGCGACUGCGUAGCCAAAGCGGUGAGUCAACUCGGCGUCCUCUGCCCCAACUCGGCGGGCGGCGCGCUCCAACUCGACGGGUGCUUCGUGAAGUACGACAACAUUUCCUUCUUGGGAGUUGAGGACAAGACCCUGGUGAUGAAGAAAUGCGGGACGUCGGUCGCGUUUGACUCGGACGCGUUGACCCGGCGAGACGCUGUGAUGGGGUAUCUAUCGGCUGGCGGGCAGUACUUUCGUGUGGGCGGGUCAGGGGAUAUUCAGGGUGUGGCGCAGUGCGUACAGGAUCUGAGUGCGAGCGAGUGUCAGGAUUGUCUGAAUGAGGCGAUCGGACGGCUGAAAAGCGAGUGUGGGUCUGCGGCUUUUGGUGAUAUGUUCUUGGGGAAGUGCUACGCGCGUUACACGGAUCGUGGGGGCCACUCCAAUGGCGUUGCAGGGUGUUGCGACAAUCCCAAUCCCAAUCACAAUGACAAUGACAAUGACAAUAACAACAAUGAUGAUGAGAUUGAGAGGACACUUGCAAUUCUCAUUGGCGUCAUAGUCCUUGUUGCCGUGCUUGUUGUUUUCCUAUCAUUGCUAAGCAAAGCUAUAGAAAAGAAAGGUAUGAAAAUCCUUUAUUUAUUGGUUUCAGAAAAACUUAUUUGCGGAGCUUUUCGUAAAGAAGAGUUUACGGAACCUAAUCGCGGGCGUCUAAAUUAUUUUUGGGCAGUCUGGAUUGAAAAUCAAUUGUGA